ACCAACUGGUCACACCAUCUCCUAGAGACACACACACAAUUCGACACCACCGGAAAGCCGAAAGGCUUGUUAUGGACGACAUUGACAGUGAACGACCCACAAGGAGAGACAGAUCCGGCUCAAGCAUACGGCUAAUCUACGUUUUAACAGCGACCCUCAUUAUCACGGGUAUCUGCUGGAGGAUUCAUGUAUCACAGAUUCGUCAGUCUAUGGAAACCUGCCACCGAAACUACCAUGAGUUAAACUCAACCCUUCAAUCCAAGCUUUUUGCGCACAACUCUAAUCAGUCCGACCUUAAGCAAAUGCACAACGAUCUCCGUCACCUUUUCUGUGAAUUAUUGACCAGCAGGAGAGAACAAACGUGUUGCAAGGACUGGAUCACAAAUAAAGACCGGUGUUAUUUCGUUUCCACGUUUGAAUCAUCUUUCCGCAGAGCGAUGCAAGAAUGUUCAAACCGUGAUUCAAGGCUGUUGGAAAUCAAUUCAAGGGUUGAAGCGAGCUUUGUAUCCCACAAUCUUCUGGACAGCAAACCUGUUUACUGGAUUGGAAAAUGCGAAAACGGGAAUGUGCACCGGAGUCUCCUGUUCAAGGCGUCCUCCGGAACGCGCGUCUGCAGACAGUGCGGAAGCAGUAACACCUGUGAUGGUGAUUGGCGUUUCAUCUGUGAGAGGUCGGCCCCAGUGUUCCCGGAUAUUCCUGAAAAGAUCCAGCGUCUUUGCCAACAGCCAGUGGAGUCGACAUGAAUCAAGUGACGACCCCCAUUUUCUCCUCCUUCUCUCCCCUUCUCUCUCACUCCUAAAUCCUAUCAAGUUCCCGCCCCAAACUCUCUGCCCCUCCCUCCUACUCCAUUUCCUCUUGUUGCAACCACAUUCUCCCCACCAGACACCGACAAAUCCCUCUCGCCGUCUAUCCCCUUCUUUCUCGCCAUUCCCACGUCCCGCUAUUCCCAACUCCCUCUACAUUUCUCUCUACCACCUCACUUCCCCUUAUUUCCUCGAACUUUCUCCGCUCGCUCUUUCUCUUCUCCCUCUGCACACCUCUUACACCUCUCUCCCCUUCACUCACCCAGACACUCUCUCUCCCCUCCCCGUUCUCUCUGAACCCUCCGUCUCCCUGAUCUCUCUCGCCCUCUCUCUUUCUGCUUUCCACUCUCUCUCACCUCAAUACUGUGCCUUCCGGAUCUCGAUAACCCGACCCUGGGUGAAAGUUUGUCCGCAUUCCCUCUGUCUGUGCGCCUCUUGUCCCACGGCAACGAGACCUCCCGACUCCUGUACUCAGUGUGACUGGUGAAGACCAACAGCCAAGUGUCCUGUACACCCUCUCGGAUGUUUUCCACAGGAAUUGCUAUUUCAUUUAUUAUCUGAAACUUAUACCGCCUAGAAUUUGCUCUUUUGAUGCAUCAGUACGGAGCAAAAAUGUACAAUUAAUGUAAAUUGCA